AUGAAAUUCUCUACCAUCUUACCUAUACUUUGGGCAAAUUGCUGUCUUUGUAUGAUCAUCCCUGAUUUCGACGGGAUAGUUCGUUUUAUUGAGAAUAUUGAUGGUACUCGCAGUGUAAGAGCAGGAGAAGGUUUGGGACAGCAUGAUCCUGGAAAUUUUCACACUGAACAUCAACAUGUCGCUCAUAAAACAGAGUUUCUUCCUUAUCGGUAUGUCAUAGUCUUUAAUGAAGAUAUUUCCCUCCAGCAGAUUCAAUCGCAUAUGCAAGUGGUACAGAAGGAUCAUAGUACCUCAGUAGGUAAGCUUACAGAAAAUGACGCUUUUUGGAGGGUAAUUUCUUCUUCAGUAUCAUCUAAAUCUCAAUUUGGAGGUAUUGAUAAUUUUUUUGACAUAAAUGGUCUAUUUCGAGGUUAUACUGGCUAUUUCACUGAUGAAAUCAUUAAAAUAAUCUCCCAGGACCCAAUCAUAAAGUUCGUAGAGCAAGAAACUACAGUAAAAAUAUCUAAUUCGUCAUUGCAGGAAGAAGCGCCUUGGGGUUUACAUAGAGUUUCGCACAGGGAGAAACCAAAAUAUGGACAAGAUUUGGAAUAUUUAUAUGAAGAUGCCGCCGGAAAAGGUGUCACAUCAUAUGUACUCGACACAGGAAUUGAUACCGAGCACGAGGACUUUGAAGGGCGUGCUGAGUGGGGAGCCGUUAUACCAGCAAACGAUGAAGCUUCUGAUUUGAAUGGUCAUGGAACUCACUGUGCGGGGAUUAUCGGAUCGAAGCACUUUGGUGUAGCCAAAAAUACAAAAAUAGUAGCUGUCAAAGUUCUUCGUUCUAAUGGGGAAGGGACGGUUUCAGAUGUUAUUAAAGGUAUAGAGUAUGUUACUAAGGAGCAUAUAGAAUCGUCGAAGAAAAAGAAUAAAGAAUUCAAAGGAUCGACUGCCAAUCUUUCUUUGGGAAGUAGCAAAUCGCUAGCUAUGGAAAUGGCUGUAAAUGCAGCUGUAGAUAGCGGUGUCCAUUUUGCUAUUGCGGCAGGAAAUGAGGAUGAAGAUGCUUGUCUCAGUUCACCAGCAGGAGCUGAAAAAAGUAUUACGGUCGGUGCUUCGACAUUUAGUGAUGAUAGAGCAUUCUUUUCGAACUGGGGCACAUGUGUUGAUGUGUUUGCUCCCGGUAUAAAUAUUAUGUCCACCUAUAUUGGUUCAAGGAAUGCAACUUUAAGUUUAUCAGGUACUUCCAUGGCGUCCCCGCACGUUGCUGGUAUUUUAAGUUACUUUUUAUCAUUACAGCCUGCACCAGACAGUGAAUUUUUCAACGACGCUCCCUCACCUCAAGAAUUGAAAGAAAAAGUCCUAAAAUUUAGUACACAGGGAGUACUGGGUGAUAUCGGUGAUGAUACUCCUAACAAAUUAAUAUAUAAUGGGGGAGGUAAGAAAUUGGAUGGUUUUUGGUAG